AUGGCGACGGCAGCUGCAAUUCCUAAUGUUCCUGAUGGGGUGCUGCCCAAGGACCCCGCGGCGGUGGAAUCAGGCCAUGCGGCGACCAGUCCGAUUGCGGCCGAUGAGAAGCCAACCGCAGAGGGGAAGCCUGUGACCAACGGACAUGCCGCUGUAGUGGAGCCUACGUCCAGCGAGCCUGAAAAUGAAAAGUCUUCGGCGGUGGAGCCGGCUACGACCGAGAAGGCCGACGUUGACGAGAAGACGCCUGCGGUGACUGAACCUUCAGAACAAAAAGAGGUCGAGGCCAAGGUGGAUGAUGACAGCAAGGCUGAUCAAUCGACCAAACCGAGUCAUGUCGAGCAACCGGCUACCGCUGCAACCUCUGACAAGGAGCCUGUGUCGGAAGACAAGCCUGAUGACACUCCCGCGGUUGAACAGACAUCAGAAGCUGCGCAGGCUCAGAGUACCUCAGCAGCGAACGACCAGCCUGAUGCGGCUGUGAAGAGUCCUGAAACCACCACCGACGAGAAGGUUGCGGAGGCUGCCUCGGAAACCAAGGCCACUACAAAAGAGACUCCAGUUGUCGAGGAGACCAAACCUGAAACUGUCGCCGAGACUCAGUCCACAGAGCCAGUGACUGAGUCAAAACCGGUCGAAUCUCCCAAGGAAGAUGCCGAGGAAAAGACGCCUCUUGCGGAAGAAACCACCACGCCGGAGCCUGUGGCUGAGCCGACUGCCGAAGAAUCGAAGCCCGUCGAAGAGGCCGCUGAGGUCGAAAAGCCAUCGACCGAGGAGCCUGCGGGUGCGGAGAAGCCCGUGACUGAAUCGACUACCGAGGAAUCGAAGCCUGUCGAGGAUGCCCCCGAGGCCGAAAAGGAAUCCACCGAGGAGCCAGCUCAGGAGUCCACCACAGAGGCGUCAGCCGAGAUUAGCUCGAAGUUUGUCGAAGAGCCUACUGCAGAGGAAUCUACCAAGGAGCCCGUGGCUGAGGAAAUCGCCACUGAGACUACCGAGGAGAAGGCUGAGCCUACGAAAGAGGCGGUGGCAGAGGAGCCCACCAAGGAACCAGUCACUGAGGAGCAUGCUGCUGAGUCUACCGAAGAGCCUGUCCAAGAACCUACCACCGAGGUGUCAAAUGAAGCCAGCUCGAAGGCUGUUGAGGAGCCUGCUGCAGAGGAAUCUGCUAAGGAAUCAGUGCCUGAAGAGCCGGUUGCUGAAACCACCGAGGAAAAGACAGAGCCUACAAAGGAAGUAGUGGAAGAAGCGCCUGCCCAAGAGCCUACUACGGAGGCAUUCAAAGAGGCUGUCGCCGAGUCCGCCGAGGGGUCUACCCCGGAGGAAGCAGUCGAGACCAGCAAGGAUCUCACCGAGGAGCCCGCUGCGGAAGACUCGACCCAAGAACCGACAGCUGUUGAGGCAUCCAAGCCAGAGGAAACGACUCCCGAGGCUACACCAAAGUCCGUCCCCGAAGAGAAGGUUUCGGAAGACCCAGCCAAGGAGUCUCCUGCUGAGCAAUCAACCACCGAGGAAGUGACCACCCAGCCUGCAGAUGAGCCUACGGUUGAAGAACCCGCGGAAAAACAGGCCGCCGAAACUUCCAAGGAUGCCGUCGAGGAACCCUCCCAAGAGUCUGUCGCUGAAACGCCCGCCGAAGCACCUGCACCUGUGGUCACCGAAAAACCUGCCGUCGAGGAGACACCUGCCGUCGAGGAACCCUCCAAAGAGACCGUUGGUGAAGAACCCGUGGAUGAAGUUGCAGCUGAAGAGGCGACCCCCGAAACUGCGGAGGAGAAACCCGCUGUUGAAAUGUCCGCCGCUGAAGAAGCCAAACCUGAAGCCACCGAGGAGAAGCCUGCCGUCGAGGAAUCCUCUCAGGAGACUGUCGGUGAAGAUUCUACCCAAGCGCCAGCCGCAGAGGUAGCUCCCACUGAAGAGCCAACACCUGAAACCGUCGAGGAGAAGCCAGCAGCUGAGGAGGCUACGUCUGAAGAGGUGACUCCAAAAACCACCGAGGAGAAGCCUGCCGUUGAGGAGCCUACAGUUGAUGAGGCUCAUACCGUGGAGGACGGCGCCCAGGAGUCCGCUAAGGCCGAGACUGCCUCAGAGGUUGUCGUCGAGGCGCCUACCGAGGAAUCUAGUGGUGAAGAGUCUGCUGAAAAUGGAAUUCCCAAAAAUUCUACCACUGAGUCCCCUGCUCAGCCCGAGGCUUCUGAAGUUGCAGCUUCUGAGGCCAUUGUCCCAAGCACCGAAAACAGCGCGCCGGCUGUCCCUGAACCCACGGAACAGCCAGUUGCCGAAGAGGCUGUACCUACUGAGCUCGCUAAGGAUGUCGUCCCUGAUGCGUCCUCGGAAACAGCCAAGGCCGAAGAGGCGACUGAGCCAGCUCAAGCGUCUUCCUCACAGAACCCCACCGAAGCUUCGACUACAGAAAAUUCUGUUCCCGCAGCCACUGAGCCCUCUGCUGACGCCUCUGCUGUGAGUGAGACACCUGCCACGGAGCCAAACAAGGAGGUCAAUGCUGAGGAGACCGACGAGACUUCCACCGAGAAGCCCGCCGUGACCGAGGAGCCUUCUAAAGAGCCGGCAACGGAGGUGCCCACGGAAGAGAAGCAACCCGAGGUUCAACCGGUAGCUGAAGAGCCUGCUGCAGACCAGUCAGUCCCAUCUGCUGAAGAACCGGCUACUCAAGAGCCUGAUUAUCCGGCCGCAGACGAAAAGACUGAGCAGGCUGCCGUGACUGAAUCCACUUCCGAGGACCCUGCUGCUGCUGAAACCGCCCCCGUCUUGGACGAGAGCAAGGCUAUUAAAGAGCCUACUUCUGAGACUCCGUCCGUAGAGCAGCUUGUUGAGACGGCGCCGGCUGUUGAAGAGUCUAUCGUUGAAGCAUCAGCUCCUGAAAAGACUGAAGAUAGUAGCGCGCCUGCUACGAGCGACUCUUUUCAGGAGAAGCAAGUUUCUGAAGAGCCAGUCACUGAAGAACAGACGAACGGGGCUAGCAAAAUCGAGGAGCCAGUCAACACCGAGGAUUCCAAGAAGGAAGUGCAAGACGAAGCUGCUGCAGAGGACUCUGUUCCGCAAGAACAGGUAGCAGAGACUUCCAUUAAGGAUGAGCCAACGAAUGAGCAGUCAGCGGAUACAGCUGAAGUGUCCGCUCCUGAAGCGACAAACAACGAAGCUCUUUCAGAGCAACCUGCGGUUCAGGAAUCCACCACCGAAAUCCCCGCUCCCGAGGUUGUAUCUGCAGCUGAAGAUACUGGCCCUCAAGAGGCCAAGUCUAAGCCUGAGGCUGAGGCACCGGCUGUGACGAAUACUGUUGGCGACAAGCUCGCCGAGGAUGACUCCAAGGGCCCAGAAGUCGCCACCCCAGAGGUUCCUGAUCAAACAAAAUCCAUUGAGCCUUCUCAGGAUGCCGUGGGUCUGACGACUGCAGAGUCUUCGACCACGAAGGUAGACUCUGAAGAGCCUUCUGUGACCCCUGCUGUCGAAGAGAAUGCCCCUGCCGAGGAGAAGGCUACAACUAAAGAGUCACCAAAGGAUGUCGCGGAACAGGACCUCAGGAAUGAAACUACUGACGCUGAAGCUGCGCCUGUUCCCGAGUCAUCCGUCAAUCUAGAAGAACCCGUGACUGCACCUCAGGCGGAUCAGGCCGAUAAAGCAGACGAGGUUCCUGCCGUGGCCCCCGCAUCUGAAGUUGAGUCUGAGAGCAAAACUGAGGAGGUUUCCGAACAGCCUACGGCAGCUGCUGCAGACGAGUCUGCCUCAGCCGCUCCCCAAGAGGAAACUUCUGCUCCGGAGGGUGCCGACAACGCUUCUCAGCAGGAGGCUCAUGACACUUCCAAAGACAGCGGGUUGACUCCGGAGGUUCUCGGUUCAGCCGGGGCUGCGGUUGGUGCCGCAGCUGUAGGCGCCGGUGUCGCUGCCGUGUUGAAAAAGGGGUCUGAAAGCACUCCCGAGUCCAGCAAAGAAGACGAGGGCGCCAAGGCCGCCGACACCAACAGGGAGCCGGUUUCCGAGACCAAGGACGAGACCAAGACUGCGGUCACAGAAUCGCAGCCUGAAGACUGUAAGCCGUUGCUGCCUUAUCUUUCGCAUCAAGCAUCCGUCCCGUCCUUCGAAGCUGAUUCGGUUCUUGCAGCCCUUGCGGGCGAUCGUGAAGCCCUGCUCCACAAGCUCAACCAGCCGUCGACGGAUCAAUUGGUUGCGGCUACGAGCGAGCAACUCAACGACAAGAAGGCUCAAAAUGAACCCCAGAGCCAACCCACCGCGGAGUCCAGCCAAACUCCUGCCGAAACACCUGCUGAGGCGUCUACUGCCAAACCCGCCACAGACAAUCUCGCCGUCAACACAGAGGAGGACGCUCGUCCUCCGAGCCAGAACCGGUCAGUGGCUGCUGUUUCUCUGAAUAAUGCAUCGGACAGCUGGCUCAAGGCGAUCUUGCGCACCAUCUUUGUGAACUUUUUUGGUGCCAUAUUUGCUCCUUUCCGCCGCCGCGGAAAGGACUCCAAAUAA